GCCCUCUGCACGUCCAUUAAAAGCAAAAUUAAUGGCUUUUGUAUAAAAUAACUGUCAAAUAUAGAAUAACCGCGGACGAAUUUAAAGUAUUCGUUAUCAAAUGACGCUUGAUAUCGAACAAAGAGGAAGCGAACAGCAUAUGUGAGCGGUUAUUGGAGAAUAUUUCUCCUGUAUGAAGGAGAAAGAAAAUCAUAUGGGUUUGGAACGUCAUGAAGGGGAAGGCGCACAACAUGGAAGACUGCUUGCACACUUCCUCUGAAAACCUAGCGAAAUUGGUGAAAUGGGCCCACAGUCAUGGAACUAUCUGCACCCUUAUCCCCAACCUGAAACACCUGCUCAACGAAGGCUCGCACGGUACCUUCACCGCUCUGUGGGGCUGCAGCGCAGGCCAUGCGUACCACUGGCCACUUAAUAACGCCUGUAAAACAGGAUACAAGGAACGCAUGUCUUACCAAAACAGCCGGAGCAUCAAUACAGACAGUAUUAUGCAGGCAGCUGCUGUCAUACAGAACACCUCAGCAGAACGGUUCCACGGCAAUGCCGGAAAGAGCAAAGCCAAUUCCAGUCAAGGCGAUUCCAGUCAGAUUCACGAUUCUUGUGACAUUUCCAACUGCAGUGAACCUUCGGAGAUGGACGACAAUGGCGAGGAAUACAACAACAACAUCUACGACAUAGUUUGCGAGUCGUCUGCUACUGAUGAAGAGGGCGACUAUGAGCCCAACCACACCCCUAACGUCACACCCAGAAAAAGACCCAGUAAAGGACCAGGACAUGAGGAUCCCACUGACCCAGUGUUGAAGAAGAUCAAACAGGAAAGGGGUGAAGACUAUUACAGUGUGGCCAAUCCACAGAUGGCAAGCAACUCUGAGGGUAACCGGUCAACUACUGGGGUUACCCAGUCGCCCAGGCUAAACCCCCAGGUCAGACCUUCAUCUAGGUCUUCGGCAUCUCAAAAGCCUUCCUCUGUAGACGGUGACUCCAUAGGGUUGUCUUCCUCUCCGCUUGAAAACUCUUCUCCAUCCAUGUCGAAACCCUUGCGGGCACCAUACCACGUUACUCAGAACAAAAUGCAUGUGAACUCAAACCCGACAUGCAGUCAAACUAUGGCAGCUUUACCCCAUUCUGGAAGGAUUGACGCUAUGGGGGUCCUACAUAGGGAUGAAUAUGCCAGGUCUUCAUUGUCUUACGGAGAGGCGUCAAUUGGUGGAAACCCUGAGAUGGAUCUUCUAGCAUCGCAGGCACUUAGUGGAGAAGCUAGAGGAGACAACACAGGUCCACAUGAGAAGAUGGAUUAUGCUGCGAUUUUGAAAGCCCUCCAUGAACAUUUGAUACCAGCUACACAAAGCUCAGAGGAGUUCUGUCAAUCAGACAUCAGUCCAAACAGUGAGAGGUAUUUUGAAGAGAGAAAACACCUGGAAGAGUUUUUAACAAGCAUAGAUACUAUAACUCUACAAAACCUGCAGACAGUCAUUGAUCGAGUUCUCGUGUUUCACGAGAGAACGCAGAUGCCUUUGUCCAAUCCAGCCCGAAUGGGCGAGCAGGAGCUGUUUCCAGGAAGCGGACUCUACCUGCCGCACUACAAACUGGCGUCCAUGCUGCAGGAGUCGAGACAGGACAGCAUGAGACUCUUUCACCUGCUGUUUGAACACUUCUUCAGUGAGGAGGACCUCAAUGGAGCGGUCGCUUUUGGGAAGAGAGGAAAGGUACCUGACGGCAAGAAGAUUUUAGACAGAAGAAGAGUGGAUGGGAUUAUGUCAUAUGUUCUGCGUUGUUCUACAAUUGACGGAUGGACUCCCGUAGAAUCAUCUAAGCUGAAGAAAGCCUGCAUUAAUAAAUGUCGGCUUAGAAUUGGCCAGAGAAAGAAGCAAGAGUCUUCUCAAGAGUCUUUUAUUUUCUGUGAUGAUCCUUCAGGAAAAAAUGACCCCUCAUAUAUGUAAUUGUUGAGGCCCCAAAAAAUAUCCAUUCAGAGACAAAUAUGAUUAUCACACAUACAGAAACACUGUUGAAGCAUUGCUUUGUCUCAGUGAUGGAAAGAGAGUUAGUGAUCGACAUUUUGGACAUAAGCGAGAGUCGAUUCAGUUCUCUUACUGCACUAAGAGAGGAACAAUUCAUGGGCACAUUUGACUAUUUCAUUGUCAUUCAUUUAAAUAAAACCAACAUGUUCUAUACUGUGAUAGUUAUUCAACUCUUAACUCCUUCAGUCAACACAACUGUUUAUCCAUUUAAAUUAGCUUUAGAAUAGUCUAGUAGAGCUUAUUUAUUUUAGUCAUGUAGCAUUGUAACAGUUAAAACUUUUGAGUUAUUCAUUGUCAAACCAUGUUGAUGGUUUUUACUCUUACACAAUAUCGUAAAAUAUAGAAAAAAUGUGAGCUACAUCAAACCACCUUAUAUUGGAUUUUAUUGCCUUUUUUUGUCUUUUUAUCUGUAGAUUCAUUUGCUGAUGUUAUUCAUAAGCUUUGAAUCGGUGCUUCCCUCUUUUGUCAAAAUCAGCAUCACACCAAAUUUUGAAUAAUGCCAUCAUUCCAUGCUUGUGCAUGACAGACUUAAAAUGGCUUAAGAGAUUUAUAAGUUGACAUGAGGUAUGUUAACACAAAGUUUGUGCUUUUUUUCUACAUUAGCCUUCCGUUUCAUAUCAUGUUUGUAAUUAUAAUCUUUACCUUUGCAUAUUUAUUGAGGUGAAGAUAGAGCUUCCACCUGCCAUUUGUACCACAGUAUAUGAAAUGACUGCCAGAUAUGGGAAGUUUGGUUGAAAGAGGACAUGUUUCAUUGGCGUGGUGGGUCGUAUUAUGUAGCAGGAAUUAUGUUAGCAUAUUAAAGUGUUUAAAAGUAUAAAAAGAGAAUUGUUUUACUGACACUCCAUGAUGUAUUUGCUUUAUUAUUCUAUUUCAAUGAGGCUUGUGUAUUUAUUGAUGGACACUUUAGGUUUGCUAAUGCAAAUGAAUGGAACGGCCAUUAUUUUAAAUCUUGCUGUUACUUUUAGCAACCAAAUAUGUUUUCCGUGAAAGAUUUGUUCAGGUGUCAUACCAUACCACAUUGUCUAUACUUCAAAUUGUUUAAUAUAAAGAAACAAUACAGAAAAUGAGCUAGAACAAUGAAUCAAUCUGUUUUUGAUAAUGAGAAAGGACAAACUUUUCUGAACAGAUAAGAUUCAAACAUCCUUCUCCAGUGUAUUAUUUUGUAUUUACCAGUUUAAGUGUUUUGUUUUUUACCCACCUACAAUGGUCUUUUGUAUUUACCUCAACUAUUUUAGCACUUCUGCAAAGACUGAUUACUGAUCUGUUUGUUUUCAGUGUGUAAAUUGUCGAUCA